AUAGACGAAUGCCAGAUCAGCUCUCACACUUGUAGCAACAAUGCCAUCUGCACUAACACCAAAGGUUCCUUCAACUGUAGUUGCAAUCCAGGUUAUAGUGGGAAUGGCCACAUCUGUUCAGGUGGGUGCUUGCGAAGUUUUAUAUAUUAUUUACUAGGGCUUGCCAAUCCUUGCACGGUCACCGUUACAGCCCACACUGAAUUACUGGGGCCCUUAACAGUUCCUUCCCUCAUGAGAAAUAGACCACCACACAGUACGUGGGUUCUUCAUCUUUCCAAGGAAUUUAUUUGUGCCAGGGUUGUGAGAUGGGGACUACGAUUUAUCCGUCCCUAUCCGAGAAGACUAAAAAGUCUAACCGUUUGCAGAUUUCUUCACCGUGUACUUUUUUCCAUCUGUUUACGUUCUUAAGUUUUGAGUACUUUUGGUUAUAAAAAAUAGGUAAAAUAAAAGGCACACAACCACAGAAGAGCUAUUAUAUUAUGUAAGCGACUGCUCGAAGUAUAGGAAUACAAUUUUACUGGUAUGAUAUGCUUUACGCCUCGUAUCAUUAUCAUGUUAGAAACCAAAGUUAAAUAUAUGCGGUUCUUUUCUUAUUGAUGUAAAGCAAAUUGGCAGCGAGUUUCAAAACAAGAGAGUGUUUAUUGUAACAUUAGCAGUGCUUGUAUAUUCCUUCAAUAAUCAGACGACCACUUUGUUGUGGAAUUCCUCUAAUACGACAGAUAAUGCACUUUUGCAGUGUUUAUGUUUAUCUUUUCUCGUACCAGCACCUUUAAAUUUACUGGGUUUAUUCUUCAGACAUAGAUGAGUGCAACGCUGCAAAUAAUAGCUGUCAUGAAAACGCCUGGUGCAAUAACACUCAAGGGUCAUUCACGUGCUCCUGUAAGCCAGGGUACGAAGGUGAUGGAUACAAUUGUACAGGUAAAAUUCUUUGGGUUUUUUCAAAUCCAUUUAAAACAAUUAGCCUUAGUUUGAGAGGUGACUGAUUACAUGUCCUGAAAUCAGUGCGAGAAAGGGAAUGUGUUUUAACCGUAACUGACUAUUUAACAAUUAUUCCUCUAGCCGAAUGGGCUCUGAGUCAAUAGCCCAUGAGACCGAAGGCCGAAUGGGCUAUUGACUCAGAGGCCAUGAUUGCGAGAGGAAUAAUUGUUUUAGUAAAAUCCAACUGGUUGGUCAGAAAUAUCGAGACAAAACAACUUUAGCUGGCAAAACGCGAUUCAGCCGCCAUUGUAUUGGUUUUCAAAGCCGGCACUUUUCGCUACUAGUGGGCUACAACGUAUAGCCUCAACCAAUCAGACGCAGCAUUGAUAAUAGACCACUGGUUGGAUUUUACUAAAUAAUUAUAUUUUACUGGUGGCUAUAUUGAUUACCCUUUUGUUCAGGCAGAACAGAUUUAAUAUUUACUUUAAUUAUCACUCAGACGCAGACGAAUGCCUGAACAACUCUCACAAUUGUAGCGAAAAUGCCACCUGCACCAACAUCGAAGGGUCCUUCAACUGUAGUUGCAAUCCAGGGUACAUUGGAAAUGGCCACAACUGUUCAGGUUGGUUCUUGGAAUUCCUGUCUCGCUUUCUGUUAGUUUUGAGACUUCUGGUUCAGUGCAAUAGGGUUAAUGUUCAGCAUUGCACUUUUAUAAAUUGAAGUAAAUUAAAGGAAAUUGUUACUCGCUCUUUUUAUAAUAAUUUCAUUUAUUUGUUCAUAUAUUAUUUACUUACUCAUUCAUGAAUCUAACAUCUCAGUCGUCGCGUAUUGUGGAUAACGACUCAGAGCUCAUCUCUGUAUAUUUGCACAACGCGGAAAGCAAGAGGGAGUAACUAUUAACCCCCUAUUCUGUACUACGAUGGGAGUAUAUAAGAUAAGAUGGUUGACCGAGAUAAACAGUAUCCAUUUAUGAGCGCACUUCUUGGAAAAAGAGAGAUCUGGCCGACAGCUUUUACUAACAUUUCUUAGAGGGUGGCUUAGUGGGUGGAAAAAUUCUGAAGUCAUUCUCAAUCACACAACAAACCAGUUUCACUUCGACAAACAGCUCUUGCACAAUUUUACUUUGGAUAGGAGUAUUAUGAUACACAAUACGACCAAUAUACCUGCCAGGUCAGGCUGUGGACUGAUAAAAGCCGAUCAAGCUCUUCUUGGCGGGUAUAAAUGAAGACACUACAUCAGAACAUGUUAAUUAACUAUUAACACAGAUCACGACAUUACUAACACGGGGGAACUGAUUGUAUUUGUAGAAUCUGUAUGAGCAAAGCUGAAUCACGAGAUCAUUCAAAAUUCAGAUGCAUUUACAAUGUAGUAACUUUGUCCCAAAACAAACAAUAACAAUUAUAAAAAAACUGGUAGUGCUCAAGGUGAUGCGUGGUUGAGACGCAUAUCAGCGAAUAAUCUACUUAAUUCCUUUAGAAAAUGUCAUUAGCCUCUUAAAGACACUAUUACUGCGAUGUCCAGUAGUCUUUGGACUACCCUAAAAAGGUUUGGUAUUAAUCUACACCUUUCGUCAAUCCCUUUACUACAUCCUUCCGUCCACCUGGUCCAGGCGAUCAUCCCAUAAAAAUGUAUGCAGUUUUAUCUCGCGUUCCAGUAAGAGAACACCUAAUCAGUUCGAUCUGCUAAGGUAGAUCCUUUGUUCAGCGUUCCUUAACUGAACCGUGCUAUAACUCAUUUUCACGCUCUCGUUCAUUUCGGAAUUGUCACGUGGCUUUGCUGCUAUUCCUGCAUGUUUGCUACAGAGUUAACGGUAUUUUUUGUUUGUUUUGACCGGUUUUCUUUGUUAAUGUUAUUUUUCCUCGUUCUCUCUGUUCAUUAUCAUUCUAAUAUGCAUGCAUGCAUGCAUGUUUUUUUUUUUUUUCUUUUUUUUGAAGAAAGAUUAGUUAUUCAUCCAUCCAGCCAUCCAUUCAUUCACUUUUCCACCUAUCUACCUUUCUAUCUUAUCUAUCUCCAGGACAUGAGAAAAAUGAGACUGUUGCUGUGGUAUGCAGAGAAGAGAAACUCUGACCGUGAUAUUUUCUCAUCCAAAAUAACCUUUUUGUAUGAUCCAUGUGUUUUAAUUUUCAGAAUUUUCAAUAAACUCGACAAUAUUACAUGGAAAUCAGUAUUAUCUCCGACAUCUUCACCGUUUUCUUGCUAGCGCUCCAGAGGUUGGGGAGGAUUCUUCCUGGUUUCUUUGCUACAAUGCUACCUCACAUGGUUGGGGAGCCAAGACCUUCCAUGAUAGAUGCGACGGUAAAAAAAAUACUGUGACCAUCAUACAGAAAGACCAAUAUGUCUUUGGAGGAUACACUGACAUUCCUUGGGGUAAGAUUUGAUAUUUAACAAUUAAUGAAUGAGGCUGAGUAUCUUAUGAAGAAUUAUGGUGAUCGAGGAGGAUGUUAUCCGUCGAGGCCGUAGGCUGAGGCGGAUAACACCCUCCGAGAUCUCCAUAAUUCUUCAUAUGAUACGAAAGCCGAAUUCAAUAAUUGUUGUAUUAUUCAUUCAAAAUGAUUCCUAGUUUAAAAACAUAGCUAAAACAUGCUUACCUCCAUCGAUGUUAAGUUCAUCUUCGAUGUGUACAUUUAUGUUUGUCCAGCUCCGCAAAUAUUCUCCAAAUAGCAGAUGUCGCCCUCCGCCACUUAAUAUCACUCUAUGUCAGGCUCAUUUUCAGCUCCCCCUCCUGAUAAUUAUUGGACCAUCCCUAAAGCCCUAAAUCAGAAUUGGGGAAAUAUUUUGAAUGAAUAAUAAUUUUUAAGUACUUAAGUACACCUUACAAUACUCCUACAGGUGUCCCUAGUAACUGAAAUAUGAUUCCAACAAUAGUACUUGCAUUGUAGUUUACAAUAGCGUAAUGCUUUAAUUAUAGAGAGCGAGAAAUACUAUUUCCUAAAUAGUGAAUUAUUUGCCACAGACAUACGCCUCCAUACGCCGUUUACACUAUACUUAAGCUAUCUACGUUUCACCCGUUCAAAUGAGUUAAAUUCUGACAACAUUCAGGAUUUUUUUUAUCGCAAAGGAGCUACAUUAUUUAUAAAACGGCGCCCCGUAUAAACACCCGGCCUAAUUCUUAAAGUAAAAAGAUAGAUUCUGCAUUUAAGCCAAGUGGCCCAUCCGAGAUUGGAGCGUUAACUCCCUGUUUCCACUAACAUGAAGCGAAAGUAGUAUUGCUUCCUUCGCUUUGGAGAAAAUGAUAUUCCAUCGCAAGGUUACGUGAUGCGAUAUGAAAAGAAACACCAUCUCCAUCAUAAAGAAAGGCCCAAGGGUCUUCGGAGGAUAAAGUGACGUUCCUUGGGGUAAGAUUUUAUAUUGACUUUUAAGUAUCUUUGGUAGAUAAAAGAUUCAAGGGCUUUAGGGACUGUGCAAUAAUUAUCAGGAGGGGAGCUGAAAAUGAGCCUGACAUAAGGUGAUAUUACGUGGCGCCUCUCGUCGACUUACAUUUGCAUGUUCUCUCUUUAUACUGUUCUGUGACGUUUUUCGACGGCUGCGUCCGCAGAAUUACCUCAAAACUACGCGGUGAGGCAAAGCCAACCAUUUCAGAACAGUCGAAUUGCGCAUCGUCUCUUGAAUUCUCCUGUGAAUCACUGGAUUAAAGCUUUGAGUCAUUUGCUUUGUUAGCCAUCAAUUUCGCCUGGUUGAGUCAUGACCAGAACGAUUAAAACUCAGAACGCGAGCUAAUAGUCUCUCUUUCCUCGACCUCUUUUAGGGUAAUGUUUUCGUCAUGUUUGCCAUGUAAUCUAACUGGGGAGGUAUUCUCGUAUUCCGCUAUUCAAGCAAUGUUCGUGUUUGCUGAGGUUACCUGGCACUUCCCUUUGGCUGAAAAUCUCUUUACAUUUAAACGUAAUUAUUACUCAUCCAAAAUAUUUCCCCAAUUCUGAUUGGCUAAAAGCACACGCAUAAUUCACCAUAGCCAGUUACUGAUGACCAAAUUUGAAAGAAGUUUGUGUUUAACGAGGAAAUGACGUCAAAAAUGCAGCCCGCUACAGGUUAAUGCACCUUUAACCGAGAAGACCUGGGGACGAGGUUGAGUUGUUUUGGUUGUGAAAACAAAAAUGGCCGACACUCCACUCGUUUCAAGAGUAAGAACUACAGCUGGAACAAGGCCAAAUAAUAGCUAAAAACAUAGCAAAAACAGCAAGAAGACAACUCGGAAGACAAACUAGGAAUUAUUUUGAAUGAAUAAUAAAACAAUUAUUGAAUUCGGCUUUCGUAUCAUAUAAAGAAUUAUGGAGAUCUCGGAGGGUGUUAUCCGUCGAGGCCGUAACACCCUCCUCGAUCUCCAUAAUUCUUCGUAAGAAACUCAGUCUCAUUCAUGAAUUGUUAAUUAAUUAUUACAGAGGAGACACCACAUCCGUUAGUUACUUGUGUCUCGUAACGAGACACCUCCUUUUUAAAACCUUGGUUACACCCAUGUUCUGUUAAGUAGAAAUAACUGAAGCUAAAAUAUCAUGUAACCAGGAUUGUUCAAGGCUUUGGUACUAAUUAUUGCUAGUCAGUUCUUUGAUAUAUUUUGAUCACAAAUAAAUCAUGCUUCGUGAAAAACCUAGCCUGCGUAGCAGGCGCUUGGUAGUAGUGGGCACAAGGAAAAACUGGCGCGCGAGAAGGAGACACGCGAGGGAAGAGGGAGCGUCUGCACGGAAGGCCCCCGAAAAUCGUUUCCCGCCCCCUCUCCAAUAACCUGGCAGCCGUUGCGUGAUCUGUCAAAAGUUUUGACAGAAAACGACUGAACUCGCACAAACAAAGCGUGCCGCCAAAAAGCGUUGUACAUUUUAUCUUCGGUCUAAAUAUAUCUGUUAUAAAGAUCAGCUGAGUUACCCGAUUAUAGAGCGAUGGAGUAAUAAACUGAUGGUUAACACACAGCUUUAAAUCGUUUUUAACCACGGGCACAAUAAAUAGGAAAUAGCAAAGUCAAAACUCGGUAUCUUUUAAAGAAUGCAUGCUGUGUAUCAUAAAAAACUAAAAAUAUUGUUCUCUGAGCUUACUUAGCCACAACUGGACAGACACCAACGAUCACAGCGUUCGUGGAAAAUGACCAUUGCUUUUACCGCGCUAAGUGGCAGCCGUUUUUGGAGCAGACAUGUCUUACUAAGCGGACCUAAACUUCAGAACACAAACUGCACCGACAUGUUUUUCACUGCAGCCAUGAACGAGACAUGAUAAACAACAGACCUCAGGUUGCCUCCGAAAGGCGAAUAAUACAACAGUGACAUGUUUUUUCAAAUUCAUGCCCCUGGUAAGUUUUUCAUUUCAUCAAUCAUGUCCAAGUGUUGAUGGCAUACGUUCCAUCGACAACACAAACCGCCAAAACCGCCAAGUUCUCCUGAGCAAGGAAUAUUUCCUCUGAUCUUCAUUGCAACGAUUCGACAAAUCUUUUGUCUCUCGCCACUUAUGCUAAUGCGUAUCUGAUGUCAAUUUUUUCCAUCGUGAAUACCGUUUGAACACUCCAACUUUUCUUUAGAUUACAGCCACAUAGUCCCAUUAAACCAGAUUGAAGUGACCUCCGAGACCUGAACUUCGAAUGUAUACAAUUUAAUGAUUUCAGGAGCUAGUGGUGUAAUAUAAGAUCUUCACUACGUUGUCCAUGUACUAUUGAUUGACACUUUUCUCGCCCCGCACGGUUAAUUUUUCCCUCGGGAGCCUCUCGACCAAUUGGAAAUAUCCGCACUCACAGACUGCGAGUUGCAACGAUUUUCGGGAGUCUUCCGUGCAGGCGCUCCCUCACUCCUCGCGUGUCUCCCUCGCGCGCGCCCGUUCUCUCUUUCGCCCACUACUUCCAAGCACGCAGGCCAUGAAAAACCAGACCUUCAGAUCCGAAGUUCGAGGAAUUAGCCGCUCGGCCACAAACCUUUCAGGUAUUUAGUUCGUGCAAGACAAACUUUUGAACGGCGAAUAAAUCUGUCUAGUAAUCUUAUCUUAUCUAGGUUGGCUGGAAAAGUUUAUAGCUUUUUUCAGCGCAUUCAUGGAUUGACAAUGUCCAAGUAUUAUGAGACUGCCAAAAUCGGUGGUUUGACAAAAAAAUUCUCAUAAAGUUUAAUUAAAAGGCUAAAGGAAUAACUUAUUUAAAAUCCCGCUUAAAUAACUCAUCCUACUGGUUAAUGGGAGGGAGCGGGUGGUUUCAGACCAGCUCCCUUGGGUUUUUACCAUGUUAAUAUAUUUCGUAAAAAUUUCACGAUCUUGUAACAGAAGAUAUAGGGCUUAUCAGCAAUUGCGCUGCAGAGAGCUAUGUUCGACACUAUCUCAAAUUAUUAGGUUAAAGGCAUCUGACGACGCUUGCUUGUUGAACCAAUUUUGGAGCCUGACAAAAAGCAUGGAGAAAUCUUUAGAUACAUGCACCUCGCGAAUACUACUUAUAGCGCUUAAUAUCCUACAAAAACAACAUACUACGAACAAUGAACUUUAUAGCGAUUUAUGAAACUAAAUGAAAGAACCAGAAAGGCUUGCCAUCCAGAGAAAGCAGCAUCAAAAGUUGUGUUGUAGAGGCCAGCAAGAAAAACCGUUAACCGUGGAAGAAGAACUGAAGACACGAUAUCUUUUAUUGACUACCUGAUGAAGGACGCCGAUCUGGAAUCAGUUUCAGAAAUCAAACUACAAUAACAGACAAGACAGAGCAAGGUACGGAAACCUUGUCAGCUAAGUUUAGAGGACUUCCCGACCGAAGUGAGGCGGUGAGGUGAUCUUAGAUUUUGAUGAAAAUUCAGAUAUCAAGUAAAUUUGGUACAGUUUUUCUUGUCAUUGUCGGUUAGCUUUACCUCAAUGAUUCCUCGCGAAGCGAGCCAUCCAAGGAGCAAGAUAAUAAUUUUGUCGAAAUUCGUAUUGCGCGAGAAAUGUACGUGAAUGUACGUGGACCGUGGCAUGGUCCAUGUACGGCGUUUUCCUAGUCUCUCUCGGUCAAUUCACUUCGCUUGGACCACACGGCCCGAAACGCUUUGGCCGCGCGGAAUAAUGAGGCCUAGCGAGUAGGCAACGUGGACCCCACAGCGCGGAAGAAACACGACUCAGAUUCAUAUGCAACUCGCGACGCCACAAUCGAUGACGUCACUACGACUGCCAAGCAGAUAUAUGAUAUAUCUGGUUGGCAGUCGCAGUGACGUCAUCGAUUGUGGCGUCGAGUUGCCUCAAGGUUUCUAAGCAACGCGACUUCCACUGGCUACAAAGGCCAAAAUGUUCGUUCAUCCUUUUUGAAAAAUGUUUACCGUUGGUGAAUCACCACCGAUACUCCUCAUACAAAUAAUGUAUAACGCCGUAAAGAUACUUCGCGACGGUCUUGCGUCAAAACACUUAUCAGCUUUGUACGCCAUACAUGUAUAUUCUUCAAAUGUGAUGAAUUGAGUUAAAGUACGGCUUUUACCUUCAAAACUCUGCUUAUUUUCCUCGAAUAUCUCUUUGAAUUCUUUUUUAAUUUUACGGCAAAAAAAGGUUAAAAUAUUAUUUCCCCCCCUCGUUUUGUGAUUUUGUUUUGUCCUUUUUUAACCUUAUUGUUCCUACCUAUUGGCUGGUUUCAAUUUGUUUGUACUACUGCCCAUUUACGCCUUCGCGAGGAGUUGCGAUAAACGUAUUUCUAGUUAUAACAAAAAUCAGAUUAACAAAUAAAAAUGACGUCAUCGUACAAAUAGGUUACCUUACUGUCUUCUGAAAGGAAAAUAUACAUGGUGACAAAUAUGUUAAUUAAAAUAUAAAAAAAAAAAGACAUUAAGUAUAUUUAAUUAUUUGAAUUUAUUAUUUCAUGUUUUUUGUUUUGUUUUGUUUUGUUUUGUUAGAAUCCAAUGCUGGAUUUGGCGAAACCCCCAACGCGUUUAUCUUUUCUCUCAACGAUUUUGGAAGGCUGGCACCGUUUGUGAGCAAGGUAAAAAAAGCGAACACAAAAGAGGCCAUCGAAAGGAGUUCAGUUAAUGGUCCAAUGUUUGGUCAGGACCUUCUCAUUUUUUUUAACGCCCCGUCUGGCCAGCAGUCAUACACAGAGUUUGGCAAUUACUACUCUGUUCCAGCUUCAGUGAUGGCCAAGUUGGCAAACCUGGGCUGGCAUCAAAGGAUCUUCUCACCUGAUGAGGUGGAGGUAUUUUAUCUUGACCCAUCCCGCUAA